GUUUCAUCCUUUCACCCACGGCAUAAGCGUCAGCCGCGAGCAGUGAUUUCAAGCCAGCCAUGCGUGCUAAUGCAUAUUAUCAUUAAUAUCACUUCGCCAAAGACGGCGUGGGCUUCAAUUUCGCACACGGCUGGCGAAGCGUUCGCAUCUGAACGCCAUUUUCUGGCUUUGCUACUGAAAUUCCUUUCUAAUCUCCUAUAAAAGUUUUCGCCAGCAAACACCAAGGAGCCGCCCACCACACGUCAAAUUAGAAUAGUUAGCCGAAAAGAUAAGCAAAGCGGUGAGCAGAUAGAUCGCGCUGAUAAGGCAUCGGGUAGCAGUCUUCUCCUGAGAGAGUUGCGAUGCGGUUGCCCGACAGGGCGUGCGAAGUUGUUGCGGCACAAAUCACAGGAGACUAAUUUGCCUCUCUUCCCUCAGAGCUGUCAACAUUCCUCAUAUCAAUCGCCUGCUCCUGCUGCUUCGUGGUACUCGCUGUGACAAUGGGCAUAAAAUUUCCGUGGUUCCGGCGGCAGAUGCGCCUUGGCAAUGUUAGCCAAAUGACAGCCACCCUGGAAGCUAACGCCAGGAAAGAGCCUUCCGCUCGUUCGACAAACGUUCCAACGCAGGGAGUGUUCAAGCGAUGGGACAUGGAUGAGUCAGGUCCGCCACCUGAGCCACCUAGAGUGGUCAUCAGGAAGGACAGACCGGCGCCUCCAGUGCCGAGGACCCAGUCUUUGCCUCCAUCCAGUCGAAAGACGGAGCCGAGAAGGAGCGAACCGCCGCCAGUGGUGCCUCAGAGGACGUCGAGCACCAAGGAGGAUCGCAGAAAGGAGAAGCUAAUGCGGAAAGCCGAAGAGGAGAGAAUGAAGGAGCUGAAGAAGCGAGAGGUAGAGCAGCGAAGGGCCGAGGAGAAGGCGUUGCGGAAGAGCCAGAAAGUAAAAAAACGCGCAAGCGAGCCAUCGCGACCAAAAGAAGCCGUCGAGGAAGUUCCUCCUCUGCCUGUCUCGCCAGUGCCCGAUUUGCCACAAAGCAACCAAGCGCCACAGUUGCCACCGAAACAGGGUCCCAGGAGGCUGCUUCAGACAGACUUAGACGGUCCUUCCAACACGGUCGACGCUCCCGUGCCAGUUAUAGAAGCUUUUAACAACGAUCGCCUGAAGGCUGCAGGCAUCUACAAGACGUCAAGCGCUAGCGAAAAAGAGAAUGCACGUCUCAAAAAAUCAAAAGAACCCCCCAAAAAGACAGUGGAGCCUCCCAAAAGAGUAGCUGAACCACUUGCCAGGGAAGUGGAACCUGUUGAAAGGGUCGCUGAGGUCCCACCAGGUAAUGCAUUUGUGGUGUCAGGCACAGAAGCCAAGGGGAAGAAAAAGGACAAAAAGAAGGAAAAGAAAAAGACCAAAGAAGCGCCAAAGAGCGAACCACCAUCGAGGCGCAAUCCGCGGGCAGUGCUAGCGUCUUCUAGCUCAGUGGAGUCGCCACCUUUGUACUCGGUUGAGAUGCCACCCUCGCCGGCGUAUGAAGCCAUCAACGAAAAAGAGCUUUUCAAAAAGAUGAAAAGCCACAACAACUGGGAAUCUGAACCGGCAUCAGUAAUGAGUCUUGAACCACCUGUGGCGACCACGAUGCCCAGGAGCCCGCGCCCGGUCGCGAAAAUUCAGAGCAAGCCGCGUCUACCAGCCAAGAAAAAGGCAGCAGCUCCCCGGCCGGUUCCAGUGUCUCCGCCGCGCAUUUACACUCCGCCAGCAACCCCACCUCCCGAGUAUGGUAACGAGAUUUUCCCUAGGAUCGACCACCACAGCCUCGCAUUCGAGAACGACGGCAUUUUGAGCUUCCGAUUGCCAGACGCCCCCGAGCCGAUCGAGGUGCACCCCAGCUUUUUAGCUUUUGUGCACAGCGACGAGUCUGACGAGUGCGACGCGUGAUUCAAAUUUUUUCUAAUAAAUUUAUUGUGUCGUUUGUGCAAUUCAAAGCAUUCGUCUCCGUAGUGCUAUCGCUGUAAAUACUGACAUAAUCUCAAGAUAACGCCAAACGCUGUUGUCAAUGAUACGACGGGCGACGGGCGCAGCUUUUUUAAUUGUUGCGCUCGAUAAAUAGCAACGAUCCUAUUAUCAUAGCCCGCACCAAUUUGCACGCAGCGCUGAUCUAUUGAAAAAUUCAUGAGGCGAUGGCGGAACACUGCAACACCCAAAUUAUGAUCGCUCUUUGUGGGUGCGCGCAUUCAAAAUUCAACAAACACAAAGCAGAUUAUCCUGCGUCUGUAGAGUGAUAUUUGCACACUGAAUGAGACUCGCGCGUCUAUUCUGGUUACAUAGCUAAAUAAACAAUGCUGCAUGCGCUAA